AUGGCACCUGGAGAACGCUCCGAAGAGGUGUGGCUGUGGUACACAGCCGUGUACGAGGCGAUUCAGGAGAUACCGUAUGGCAAGGUCACCAGCUACGGACACAUUGCCAGGCUGGUGGGAAAGCGUGACGUCAAAAGACAGGUGGGCGUGUGUCUCAAGAACCUGCCUUCGCCAUGGCCAUCGACAUCGGGCGACAGCAGCAGGACGAAGCCCAGGUUUCAUAGCGGCAACGUGCCUUGGCAGCGCGUGAUCAACGCCAAAGGCGGCAUCAGCCCGAGAGGACCAAGUGCAGCGGCGCACCAAGCAGAUGUUCUACGGAGGGAAGGUGUAGAGGUCAGGCAGGAUGGCAUGGGGCAGUACACGGUGGAGCUGGACGAGUACGGGUGGUUCCCGGACAUGCUCCCGAGCGAAGCAGAGCAGAUAGAGGGCAGCGACAUGGACGAAGACAAGGACGAGGACGAGGCCGCGUACCAUACUUGA